AUGUCAAAUAACCGGUACUCCUCGUUAAACCGGCGCACUGCACCAUCCUCGUCCCUUUUCCAAGACUAUCCUGGCUCCAGACCUUCCAGCUCAUCCUCCACCCGUCCAAACUACGCCUAUCCAUUGCAACCAGAUGCAGGCCGGCCGUCUUCCUCACCAUACCUAAGCCCUUAUCCCGGUGCCAACGGCACACAACACGAUUCCUCAUCCUCCUUCCGCUCCGCGACCCCCAACUCAAAAGGCCAGUACUCCACCUCCGUGCUUGAGGAACUGGAAGCGCAGAAUGAGAUCACGGCGACCACAGUGCUGUCCCAAAAAGUUUCCCAACUGAAGUCCUUGACGAUCGCCAUAGGCGACGAGAUCCGAGACUCGAGUGCGCUGGCUAGUCAGAUCAAUGACACGUUUGAGAAUGCGGGGGUCAGGCUCCGGGGCACAAUGAGGCGGAUGUUGAGAAUGGCCGAGCGAACGGGCGUUGGAUGGAAGGCUUGGGUACUAUUCUUCAUCGCCGUCUGGGCUAUCUUCGCAUACGUCUGGCUGUUCUAG